AUGGCAUAUUCUCUUCUCCGUGGCUCAGCUUUUAUUACGGGCGCCGCAGGCGGCAUCGGACAGUCUACAGCCUUCGCGUUCGCUCGUAAUGGGAUAACUAAGCUAGCCCUGACCGAUAUUAACGGAUAUAGCCUCCAAAAGACGAGAAAAUUGAUCAAAUCCGAGUUCCCGAACGUACAAGUCCUGGCAAACACCAUGGACGUCCGUGACAAGAAGCAAAUCGUCGACACUAUAGACUAUAUUGUCUCACAUUUCGGCCGACUCGACAUUGCCGUCAACAAUGCCGGAAUCGGAGGCUCUGGCAAGCCCACGCACGAAACGCCUGACGACGAGAUCGAAAAUGUUCUCGCUGUUAACCUCAUGGGCGUCUACAAGUGCCAGAAAGAGGAGCUACGUACAAUGCUCAAUCAAGAUGACCUCGGCCCACGACACGGUAGAGGCCGUAUCAUUAAUGUCGCUUCCAUGUACGGAAUUGUCGCGCCCGGCCCGAGCGUCUUCUAUACAGCCUAUUCUACGGCCAAGCAUGCCGUCAUUGGACUCACGAAGAGCGACGCAAGCAGCUACGGCAAACAUCAGAUCCGCAUUAACGCCAUCUGCCCUGGCUUUGUCGAGACACCCCUUAUGGAGAAAGCGAGCAGCGGGGGGGAUAGCAAUGACGUGUUGCAGAAAACCGUGGAUAGCACUCCCAUUGGGAGAAUAUGUAUGCAGGAAGAGAUCUCAGAAAGCAUUGUCUCCAUCGCCUCUAGUAUGAACAGCUUCAUGCAGGGCUCCGCUGUUGUCGUCGACGGUGGAUUCACGGCUUAUUGA